AUGGAAUCUAAAUGUAUCUAUCUAACCUUUACUAAAACUUAUAUAGACACUAACAUUGUAGAGUUGAAACAUGUUUUUAUAACCUUCGAUGAAGUUCAUAUAAAUAAUAGCACUGUGGAGUUAGAAUGUACUAUUGGAACCUUUGAUUGUAUAAAUAAUAGCUUUGUGGACUUAGUACAUAUUUUUAAAACUCAUAUAGAUAGCAGCAUUGUGAAAUCAGAAUGUACCUUUGCAACCUUUGCUAAAGCAUGUGCAACAAUUAAAAGAUAUACUGCACAAACAAACACUGUUAUAAUUUUAGAUAAAAUGACAAGAAAUUCAGAUAAUAGUUGCUAUAGGCAAGCACUUUUUGUAUACAAAAAGCAAGAAAAAUACAAUAAAACAAAUGAUGUAUAUAUAACAAAGUGUACUGGAUGUUCUUUUGCAAUUAGUAUAAAUUAUUGCAAACAUGUUUAA